AUGAUGGCUCUCCUUGGCGUGACUAUGCCGGCAAUUAUGUCGUUUGGAUACAACCAGUCGAUGCUCGGUGGAGUCUUGACAUUGGACAGCUUCGAGAGACAAUUUCGUGAAAUCGAUUUGACUGAUGCGGCGCCCGCAGAAAAGCCAUACAAGUCGACGAUUCAAGGCACCGUCGUCGCUUUAUACGCCGUGGGUGGCCUUUUCGGUGCACUUUCAUGUAUUGGACUUGGUGACAUUCUCGGCCGCAAAAAAGUCAUCAUGCUGGCUUCCGCCAUACAGAUCAUCGGCGCGAUUCUCAUGACGACUGCCUUUGACUUCGCACAACUGGUCGUUUCGCGUCUGGUUAUUGGCCUUGGAACCGGAGGCGUCCUAGCCACUGUGCCUGUGUGGCAGUCCGAACUAUCAACCACCUCAAAGCGCGGAGCUCAUGUCGUUACCAUCGGCCCCUUUGCAGGUUUAGGCGCCACUCUUGUUCUCUUUAUUGAUUUUGGAAUGUCCUUCGCCCCUGAAAGUGAGGGGUGGCGGGUACCAUUUGCAUUGCAAGUUCUACUUUCGUUAACGGUGAUUGGGUUCAUCAGUAUUCUGCCAGAAUCCCCUCGCUGGCUGGUUCGCCAGGGCCGUAUCGUUGAGGCUCGGGAAGUUUUAGCUGCUUUAGAAGAUGUUGAUUCCCAUGACCUCAAGGUCGAGGCUGAAAUUUUAGAGGUGGAAUCUUCGCUGAAGCUGGCCGGAGAAGCAUCUUUCAAGCAAGUGUUCCACAUGGGUAGCCAGCGUAUCUUCCACCGUGCCAUGUUGGCUGCCACGGUCAUGAUGUUUUUGCAGCUGACCGGCGUUAACACGGUAACAUUCUACACAAACACAAUCUUCGAAACCUAUCUCUCACUGGAUUCAGUCAAGUCUCGAAUUUUGGCGGCGAUCUACCAACUAGUGACACUGAUUGCAGGUGCUUUAUGCGUGUAUACCAUCGAGGGAUUCGGCCGACGUGGCUUGAUGCUUGCGAGUGCUGCUGGCAAUGCGGUGUGUUUAGCCAUGGUGGCUGCACUAGGAUCUCAGCCCGACAACGCAAGAGCAAUGGACGGGGCGGUCGUUUUCAUUUUCUUCUUCCAUUUCAGCUAUGUCAUCGGCUAUGGUGGUAUCCCAUUUCUAUAUGCUGCAGAGCUGAGUCCUCUCAAAAUGAGGGGUACGAUCAACGGCAUCAGCAUGGGAACAUAUUGGAUCUUCUGUGUCGUGAUCACCGAAAUCACCCCGUUUGCCUUCCAGGCCCUUGAAUGGCGAUUCUUUAUCAUAUUUGCUGGACUGAACGUCAUUAUGAUGGGAGUUGUCUAUUUCUUGUUUCCAGAAACUGCCGGCCGCAGCUUGGAAGAAAUAGAUCGGAUCUUCAUGACAUCCGACAAUAUUUGGGACACCGUGAAAGCAGCUGAGCGCUUGCCCCAUUUGAUGCCCGAGCGGUCGCGACACCCGAAAGAGAUUCCUACCGAGCAAUUAGCAUAA